UUACGGUGUUUCGUUCAUUUAUGUACGUUUUGGGAAGGAAUACAAUGGCGGUCCAGCAUACCCCCUAGUAUUAUUAGGGAACUCUAGUAUUAUUAGGGCGUAUUAUCAAAAACCACGAAGACAAAACACAAAAAAUUUAACAAGCGUGGAAAAGUUUUCAAAAGUUUUUCGAAUUUUUUUUGAAAGUUGUUGUUUUAAAAGAAAAAUUUACGAAAAGGAUGCUGAUGCAUCUGUUCUUGAAUGUUCAAACGAUCAUUAGUUAUUUUAACGUAAUGUAAUUUAUCUCUCAUUUCGAUUUUGUGCGAUCCUCUAUCAAGAAGUUGGCUAGUGAUCUCAAUUCUUCGAAGGAAAUUGCAAUGAGUAAGACUGAAGUUGAUGUUGUCGGUUUCACCGACACUGAACCGAACGGUUCUUCGGUGGAGAAAAACAAGAAACAGAAAUCCGGCGGAUUUCAAAGCAUGGGUUUAAGUUUCCCUGUAAUCAAAGGUGUUUUAAAAAGAGGAUACAAAGUGCCUACACCAAUUCAGAGAAAAAGUAUUCCUGUUGCAUUGGAAGGUCGCGACAUAGUGGCUAUGGCCCGCACUGGAAGUGGAAAAACAGCUUGUUUCCUUCUACCUAUGUUUGAGAAACUCAAAGAACAUUCAAGUUCUGGAGCUCGCGCGUUGAUAAUGUCGCCGACGCGUGAAUUAGCUUUACAAACGUUGAAAUUCAUCAAGGAAAUUGGACGGUUUUGUACCUUACGUGCAGUGCCCAUUCUUGGAGGUGAUCCUAUGGAAGCGCAAUUUUCUUCAAUUCAUGGCAAUCCCGAUAUAAUUGUUGCUACUCCUGGAAGAUUUCUUCAUAUUUGUGUCGAAAUGCAGUUGAAAUUGAAUAGUAUAGAAUACGUCGUGUUUGACGAAGCCGAUAGAUUAUUCGAAAUGGGAUUCAGUGAACAGUUAACUGAAAUUCUUCAUCGUUUACCGGAAACGCGUCAAACAGUGUUAUUUUCUGCCACUUUACCUAAAGUACUGGUGCAAUUCGCUAAAGCUGGCUUGAAUGAUCCAGUAUUGAUUCGAUUGGAUGUUGAAACUAAAAUUCCUGAUACGUUAGAACUGAGUUUUUAUCACUGUCGUCCUGAAGAACGCGAAGCUGCUUUAUUAUGUUUAUUGAAACAUAUUCUUGAUUCUGAAGGCCUGACUGUUGUAUUUGCAGCUACCAAACACCACGUAGAAUUUUUACAUAUGAUGCUCGAACAUGCCGGAAUAUCCAGUACUUACAUCUAUUCUGAUCUUGAUCCAUCGGCUAGGAAAAUAAACACUGCGAAAUUUCAAAGCGGAAAAGUCAAAGUCUUAAUUGUAACUGAUGUCGCUGCGAGAGGAAUUGAUAUUCCACAGCUGGAUUAUGUCAUAAAUUAUAAUUUCCCAGCUAAACCAAAAUUAUUCGUUCAUCGCGUUGGUCGAUGUGCUCGUGCUGGUAGAAAAGGACAUGCUUUUAAUUUAGUUACGACGGACGAGAUAUGUUACUUGCUAGAUUUACAUUUGUUUUUGGGACGUCCUUUGAAUAUGGUUACCGCCGAUAGCAAACAAAACAGUUCGAGUGAUGCUUGCUUUGGAAAAAUCCCCCAGUUCUUAUUGGAAGAAGAAUUAGCUGCUCUGAUGAAUUGGAGUGAUAUAGCUGCUGAUGUGCAAUCGAUGAAAAAAGUGUGUAAUAAUGGUUACAAAAGUUACAUUCGAUCUCGUCCUGGUGCGUCUAAAGAUAGCGUUCGAAGAGCUAAAUCUAUCAACGUGGAAGAGUUACAAGUUCAUCCUGUUUUUGCGGAAAAAUAUGGCACAGAAACCGAUCGCUUGAAGUUCAUCAAUAAAAUGAGAGAUUAUAAACCUCAAACUACCAUCUUUGAAUUAGGACAGUCAUCUAAUUCUAUCAUGUCACUAUCGACGAGACUGUUCCGUAAGAUUAAUAAGGAGAAUAUGGUUAAUUUUCAUCGGAAGAAAAAAGAGCAAAAAGAAAAAGAAAUUGUAACGGAUGCUAAAGAAAGAUCUUCCAGCACGCUGGAAAGCAGCAACGCCAAUGAUAUCGAGGAUGUUUUCCAAGAAGUAAUCACUUCAAAAAGAAAGCGAAAAUUGAAUAAAGAUGCUAACCCUACGGCAGCGAAGAAAAAGGCAAUAAUUGAUUUAGAUCAUUACGUGCCAUACAAGCCGUCCGAUGAUACAACGGAGAAAGGAUUAGCCGUAAAUGAGAUGCAUUCAAAAUCCAACGAUGCCGUUCUGGAUCUAACUGGUGAUACUACUGAUAUGAUGAGAUCACAGAAAAAAGUGAACAGAAAAUGGGAUCCAACUAAAAAAAAAUACGUUGCUAGUAAUAAUAAAGAAAAAAUGAUUAAAUCCGAGUCUGGACAGUGGAUUCCAGUGUCAUAUAAAAGCGAUAAGUACGCUAAAUGGCAAGAAAAGAGUAAAGUGAAAAAUGCUGAAAAUAGUGACGAUGAAGAAGAAGCUGUCAAACCUUUACCAGGAAUGUCUAUGCGUCUUGAUACCCGUUGGGGUAAACAUAAUAUGAAGCUUUAUGAGAAACAACAAAAACGACUAAUCAACAUUGAUACCGCUCAUAUUCUGAAGAUGAGAAAAAUCAAAGAAAAACGACGACAAAGAAACGGCAGAAAACCUAGUAAUAAAACUAAAGUGAAGAAAAAGAGUGCUAAGUUUAAUAAAAUCUAAUAAAAAUGACAAUUUUUAA